UUUGAUCAUAAUAUUUCAAUUCUUUACAAUUUAGAUUUUAUAUGAAGAUAUUUUAUUAAAAAUUAUUAAAAUUGUUGCAUAGAAGUUCUUAUAAAUUCAUAAACUGAUAGUGAAAAUUCCCUAAUGUGCUAAUUUAUGUACAUGUUUUAUAUAGGUUACGUUCGGUAUCAAGACUGGUAACUCUAUAAUGUGACGGAUAAUAUUAGCAAGUAAAAUAGGAAUAUAAAGAGCACAAUUCCGCUAGUAUUUAUUGAACGGAAAAAUUUAGAACAGUUGCGACUAUGACACGCGGCACAGAACUUGUUAAAACAAUUUUUGAUAAAAUAAGGGAAUCACCUCAUUUUAAUCGAUGUCUAAGACAGCUUCAGGUAGUCUCAGCAGGAGAUGGUAACUGUAAAGUAAAAUUUGUUGUAUCUGAAGAACAUUUAAAUGAGGCUGGUACAAUGCAUGGAGGUUUUACAAGCACGGUUGUUGAUUGUAUCUCUACUUAUGCUUUGAUGACUUACAAAGAUAGUCCACCAGGAGUCUCAGUAGAUCUGAAUGUUACGUUCAUGAAACCUGCACUUCCUGGUGAAAUGGUAACAGUUGAUGCUAGAACUAUACGUGCAGGAAAACGAUUAGCUUUUCUUGCAGUGGAUCUUACGAAGAAUGAUGGAAAGGAUAUUAUCGCUCAUGGGCGACACACAAAAUUUAUUGGUUUUUGAAAUACACAAGAAAUGUAGAAGUAUGUAAUAUAUACCGCUAGGAAUUGGUGCUUAAAAUAUUUUAGAUUUUGGGUGAUAGUAUAUGUAACAUCUAAAUAUUCUGAAGCAGUUUAUAAUGUAUAUGCAUUUUAUAUAAAGUUAUUGAAAUGUAUACAAUUUAUGUUUUAAUGCAUUAUUAUGUUCUCUAGUCAAUAAUAAAUGAACACAUUAUGACUAAAAACAUUUCUUUUACUAUAUAAAAUAUAUAUUAUAAAUGAUUAUAAUACAUUCUACAAUGUUUGAUGGCACAGAAUUAUGAGAAAUGCAAUUGCUGGUGACAUAAAAAUGAAUAACGUCAAAACUGUACAUAUUAAGUAACAUAUAGAUUACAAAUUUCCGGAAAAAAAAAAUUCAAUAUUCAUUGCUAAGUAUAGAAUACAUUAAGCAAUUAUUUCUUAUAAUAGCAACUAUUUUGUGUAAGGUAGAGAGUUGCAUAAUGAUAUG